GACGGCCGCUUCCGCGCCGCCAUCGCCGCCUCUUCCUCAUCCUCCGCUGCGCCCAGGGCCCUUCGCCCUCUUUGCCGGGGAUGGCGGAACCCGGCGGCGGCGGCGGCGGCGGCGGCGGCGGUGGUGGGGGCGCCUCGUCCUCGUCUUCCUCCUCGUCCUCCGCUACGGGCCUCGGAGGGGGAGGGGGAGGCGGGCCUGGGCCUGGCGCCGCGGACCCGGCCUCGCUGCCCCCGGGGGACGCCCAGCUCAUCGCCCUCAUCGUCGGGCAGCUCAAGAGCCGCGGCCUCUUCGACGCCUUCCGGAGGGACUGCCUCGCCGACGUCGACACCAAGCCAGCCUACCAGAAUUUGAGACAGAAAGUGGACAACUUUGUGUCUACCCACCUGGAUAAGCAGGAUUGGAAUCCAGCAAUGAACAAAAAUCAGCUGCGGACUGGCCUCAGGCAGAGUGUGAUUCAGUCAGGGAUGUUGGAAGCUGGAGUGGACAGAAUUAUUUCUCAGGUGGUGGAUCCAAAACUAAACCACAUCUUCAGGCCACAGAUAGAGAAGGCAAUUCAUGAUUUCCUGGCUGCACAGAAGAAAAAGGAAUUGGUGCCAGUUCCUCCGCCACCGCCGCCUCCUCCUCCUGAGCCUGAGAGUCAGGAGCCGUCCCCUCCAUCACAAGAUGCCUCGUAAGUGCAUUUCUAGCUUUAAGGAUGCUACAGUUACAAAACACAGGCUGAAGAUGGCAGUGGGCUGAAUAUCUGCAAGAGUGCAGUUUGUCAGCUAAUAUCGACUACAAUUGAGUGUUCGCAGAAAUCACAAAUGGUUUUUGUGUGGUGUGGAGGAAUAGGCUAAAUGUGAAACUGUAUUGAUAUGAGCAAAGGUAGCAAAUGUUUUGCUGAUUGCAUAUUUCUGAGUGAAUUGAUCCUUUGGGGGGAACCACUAUGGGAAAAAUGGGAUCUGGUGUGAUAUUAGUGAAAGUGGUGGUAUUUGGGAUGUAGCAAAUAGGGGGGAAGGGCUUUCUGGGCAUGCUUGGUUUCCUGAGGGGCCACUGUGCACUAGAAAGCCUUCUAGAGAGAGAUCUGGAAAAAAGAAGCAUUCAGCACGCAAGCAUGAAGCCGGUCAUUUACCAGCAAGAGAUGACUGAAUACUACAUGCUUUUUCAGUCAUAGCUCCCUUGCAGUGCCUGGCCAUGUGUGAUACAGCUGCAAAGGACUGUUCACCAUUGGAUUUCCAGGUGUAUCCAGAAAUGGAUUUUGGCGGGGAAUUGUGUUCCUGACACACCUCUGCAACUUAGCUCACUUUCCAAACUGAUCAAGGAGGUGGGUGUAAGCUAGUCUUCUUCUGUGAGCCUUGGAAUGGAAGAUGACAUAUGUUUCUUUAUAUAUUUUUGUCUGUAAGAUUCUUCAGGUGCCUGUUAGAAGCUUCUUGGAGAGGCAUAUAAGCUCUCAAGUAGGCAUUUGUGCUCAACUAUUCGGCUAGCAAGUAUCCAGAUUCUUUUUUAAAAAAAUAAACUAUUAGAAAAGUA